UCUUUUGUAAGCUUUACAGCUCUAAUUUUUGAUGGUAUUCUUUGAAGUCAUAAAUGUGUUCAGUUCAGACUUCAAUUCCUCUUUGUCUUCCAAGCAACUCUCUCAGAGGAGAACCUCUUCUACAGUUAUCAACAAGCUCUUAAAAAUGAACUUUUUCAUCACUUAAUUUCGUGCUGCCUGAUUCAAAAAUCCUCUUCCUAACAGUGGCAGGUUAAUUUGGGAAGAAAUUACAGAACUGGAAAGGAACCAUGGCUAGUCUUAAAAAUGAUGAGCUGCCAAUGCUGUUGAGAAAGGAAUCAAAGGAUGAAGAACAAUAUGAUGAGACCCUGAAUUCCAAAUUGCAGAGAUUCUUAUCCAGGACACAAAGUUCAAUUGCAAUUCCUAUGAGCACCCUGGAGUCAUAUGAUAGCGAAACUAGUCUUGUUGGACACACUGGUCCACUGAAGAGUGAGAGAAAAACCCCCUUUCCACAAAUGAGCGGUCCACUAUAUGCUACCGGAACUGUCAGUCAUUUACAGCAGAGGAUGGUUGGUACAGGAAGAAAAGAAGAUGAAAGAAAGACAGAAAAAUUUGAUGCUUUCCAUGGCACCGGUUCGAAUAACUGGCAUAAUAACCAUGAUAAGGAAAAUGAACACUUAAUGAGGUCUGGACAACUUGGAAUGUGUGAUGAUCCUUAUUGCACUUCUUGCCCAACAUACUUCAAGCCUUCUCAACAUAAAGUUUCAAAAUCUUCGACAAUAUUUGAUCCCAAGUUCCACAAUGCUCUCUAUGGGGACGCCAAGGGAUUUGCAACAAAGUUUUAUUCCCUUUGUUGUUCGUACAUUCCUGGAGUUAUAAAUCCUCACACUAAAGUCAUACAACAAUGGAACAAGAUUUUGGCCAUUUUUUGCUUGGUUGCUAUUUUUGUGGAUCCAUUAUUUUUCUUUGUAUUUUAUGCACGAGAGGAUCAUAAUUGUAUUGUUGUCGACUGGUCAAUGACAACAACACUUGUUAUUGUUCGAAGCUUGAAUGAUUUGGUAUAUUUCUUUAACAUUCUUCUCCAGUUCAAAUUGGCUUAUGUUUCUCCUGAGUCAAGGGUGGUUGGUACUGGAGAUUUAGAGGACCAUCCGAAGAAAAUCGCACUUCAUUACCUUCGGGGUUAUUUUUUUCUUGACUUAUUUGUUGUAUUUCCUCUUCCUCAGAUAAUGAUAUUGUUUGUCCUGCCAAAAUCCCUUGGGGGAGCAAAUUAUGCUAAGAAUCUUCUGCGUGCAGCGAUCCUUGUGCAGUACAUCCCCAGAUUGUUUAGAUUUCUGCCUAUGCUAAUUGGCCAGUCUCCAUCAGGAUUUAUAUUUGAGUCAGCCUGGGCAAAUUUUAUAAUAAACCUUCUAAUUUUUAUGCUAUCUGGACAUGUUGUUGGCUCUUGCUGGUACCUCUUUGGUCUACAGAGGGUUAACCAAUGUUUGCGAGAUGCCUGCCACAAUUCUAAGAUCCCCGGAUGCAUGACAUUCAUUGAUUGUGGGCAUGGUCAUGAUGGAGUCUUUCAGCCUGACCAAACAUCAAAUCAGUGGAACAACAAUACUGAUGCUGUUGCUUGCUUGAAUCCCCCAUCUGAUGGUGGUUUUGCUUAUGGGAUAUAUCAAAAUGUUGUACCCCUUUUGAUAUAUGUAAGAGUAACAAUUAUACCCUUGAUGAUAUUUGUGCAGCAAAUCAGUACUUUGGCUGGUAAUCUAGUCCCUAGCACUUUUGUGUGGGAAGUCCUUUUCACUAUGGCCAUUAUAGGAUCUGGACUCUUGCUUUUUGCUAUUCUCAUUGGUAACAUACAGAAUUUUCUUCAAGCUCUUGGGCGGAGGAGGCUAGAAAUGCAACUCAGGGGACGUGACGUGGAGCAAUGGAUGAGCCAUCGACGCUUACCAGAAAAUCUAAGAAGGAGAGUACGACAGGCUGAACGUUAUUCUUGGGCUGCAACAAGGGGAGUGAACGAAGAAAUGCUUAUGGAAAAUUUACCAGAAGAUCUACAGAGAGACAUAAGGCGUCAUCUCUUCAAAUUUAUUAAGAAAGUUCGAAUUUUUGCUUUGAUGGAUGAACCUAUCCUAGAUGCCAUUUGUGAGAGAUUAAGACAAAGGACAUACAUAAAAGGAAGUAUUAUAUUGAGUAUGGGUUGUCUGGUAGAUAAGAUGGUAUUCGUGGUGCGAGGAAAGCUCGAGAGUGUCGGAGAAGAUGGAAUAAGACUUCCGUUAUCCGAAGGGGAUGCCUGUGGCGAAGAACUUCUAACAUGGUAUUUAGAACAUUCUUCUGUCAGUACAGAUGGUAGAAAAGUAAGGCUUCCUGGACAAAGGUUGCUUAGCAACAGAACAGUGAGAUGCUUAACAAAUGUAGAGUCAUUUUCGCUCCGCGCCGCAGAUCUUGAAGAAGUCACAAUCCUUUUCACAAGAUUCUUGCGGAGUCCGCGUGUUCAAGGAGCCUUAAGGUAUGAAUCACCUUAUUGGAGAUCCUUAGCUGCAAUUCGUAUUCAAGUUGCAUGGAGAUACAGGAAGAAACGUCUAAGUCGUGCUGAUUCUGCAGUUUAAAAUUUAAAAUUGAAAUAUAGUGCGAAUAUCGUUAUUCGUUACCAUAUACAAACGCGUAAUUGUGUAAAUAAUAAAGGACAAGAUUGUAGUCUGAAAAUUUUCAAUAAGACAAUUAUUGUAACUAGUAAAUGCCCAAAAAAUGAAUCAGAUUGGUGAAUGGCUGACGCGGACGUUAUCAUUUUCGCAACAGUUGCAGGUACGGUCGCUUUAGGUUUCUCGCAGUUUGUGUUUUGCAGGUGCGGGGGCUUUUAGGGUUUUGAUAGAAAUUUUAUAUAUUAUAGAAUGCACUAGCUGGGAGGAGAACUUCUUCAUAGUUCAUAGAUCUAGAUCUGUAAUUGUGAGAGAGAGAGCGCGAAGAGAGAAAGAAGCAGCGGCGAAUACGAUGAGGAAUUUCUUCGGUGACGGCUGAGUAUAUAUCAUCACGAGCAGAAUCGGGAUAACUGGCACGGAUCUGUAUGCAAAUCGGGAAAAAUCACUUGAUCCGGGAGAAAACACAGAUCAGAAGAGUGGAACUGGGUGGCAAAGGCAUUGCACCAAUGGUCAAUAUGUUGGCAUCAUGGAAGCCACAUUCCAGAUGGAUAGAUGUUACAGGUAGAGCAGGAUGAACACAUAGGGGACGUGUUUGGUUAGCACGCGAGACACGUGUUAGUCACGUGGCAACAUCUACAGCAACACGCAGGGGCAUGUUGGGUGCUCUGUCUAUAUAAGGCGACGCUCAUUUCCAUUUUACUUAAUUGCGAAGAAGAAAGUUGUUUGUGUGUUGGUGGUGUGAUGGAGGGUACUGCAAAAAUGGUAAUGUAUCACAACGGUAAAAUUAUACGAAAUACUCAAGAGGGGGUGAGUUUUGAGUGUGAAAAUUCGUUUUCGCUUGUGGUUCCAUGCAACAUGACGUUUGCAGAGUUACAAUACAGCCUCUGUCAAAAUAUAGAGAGUGAUAUCUUAAAGAGAGUGAGCAAUAUUCUAUAUCGGAAUCUCGUUAUCAUAUUUGGUAGCCUAAUACAGUUUGAUAUCAUGCCGAUCAUUGAUGAUGCAAAUAUGCAGCGUAUGUUCCAUAUUCAUUGAUAGACUCAGGUGCAACAGACAAAGAUUGAGUUGUAUAUUGAGUUUGAAAAUAUAGAUGCAGAUGAGAUUUAA